CCAAUCAGAUCAAGCAGCUUGAUGCCAAGAGGGUUGAGGCAAGGCAGGUCAGUACAGAGGACAGCUAAACCUAGCAAGGAGGAACAGAGGUUGUUAAACAUGUCUUCGGUGGUUUCGUCCGCGAUGCGCAGGGCUGUCAUGCAGCCCAAGCCUCCGAUGUUCAGGACUGCCACCGUAAACCUGACGCGAGGGAUGGCGAGUGGUGAAGGCGCGCCCAAGUACGGCGCUGCCAAGUCUUUCAAGGAGGCCUGGUUGUCGGACAUAGGGGCUUGGCCGGUGAUUGGUGUGAUCGGAUUCGCCGUAACGUUCGUCACCUACUGGAGCUUCUCCACGCUGGCCACCCACCCGGACGUCCGCAUCAACAGGACGAUAAGGGAAACCACCAUCCGCCCGCCGCGCUCAUGAUCUCCGUAAUCUCCGUACAUGACGAGUGAUUCCGCGGGCGCGUGAUCUCCCAAAUCUCCGCAAAUGGAUGCGUGAUUCCGCGGGUUCAUGAUCUCCGAAAUCUCGGUAGUGGAUGGAUGCGACGUUCUGCGGGGACGGACUCUGCACGCGCAGCCAGUCAUUAAAUUGUCUGGGGCUUUGUUUUACCGGGUCGAGUAUGUUCAAUCGGUUGGUUUCGAUGGCGAAGCCGCUGCCACUGCAGUCAUGCAUGUUGCCUUUAUCGGCGCACGCUUCGCAGCUUCCUCGUACGUGUGGGGUACACGGACGUAGGACGAUUCGGUGGGGGGGAAACGCGAAGGUCGACGGCGUUGCGGUAGAGGGGAUAUCCUCGUUCGAUCCUCGCCAUCCUCUGGGUUCAUCAAAGAGAAGAAAAGAAAUAGAAAAUAGUAAAGCUACAGCAGUAUCCAUUCGGCGAUGUCCCGGACUCUUCAUAUCUGUGGAUAGAGAUGGAUUCGUUGUGUCUUUCUGACAAAAGUUGGUUCGAGGGGGAUAAAGCUGGCUGCAGAAGCAGCAGCUGAAAUGGAAUGGCCGAUCGGAAGCAGAGUCGUCGGCAUUUGUUUUUUUGUCGACAUUCUGCUUGUGCUGGAAUGAGUAGGAGGCAUGAAAGGGACAAUGGCCAGCGGAGAGAAGUGAGGGUUGAUGGCCAGGUUCGGGGGCAGUUUUUGUUUUGUUUUGUUGUGUUGGAUGUUCGUGCUGGCCCUCGGGGAUGUGUGAGAAGCGCCUUCUCUCCAGGGCAUGAGGGUUUGUUAGUUGAUGCGGCGGCAUGACUGGAGAGGAGUGCGAUGGACACGCCGUGAAAGAGAAGGAGGCGUGGUUGUCCCGGGCUCGGUUCCUCACUGCUACACCAAUCCAUUUCGCUUGGUUUAGGGCAAACCUUGUUAGCUCCAGGCCCAGCGAGGGAGGGGUCCUAAAAGGGGGCCCCGGGAUGUGUUUCUUGGCACUAUGAUUGCAACAGGGGUGUCGUGCUUGAUUUAUUCUCGUACCAUCCAAGGUGGUCGUACACAGAGUCUGCACACGUUGUGCGGUAGACGCUGAGCAGUCGGAAUACAACGGUAGUGUGCUCUCGCGAGGGGAGUUGAACGUACCGCUUGGGUGCCAUGCACAUCAAUGUCUCGGCCACCGAAAGACCAAUAACCAGAAACGGGUUGACCCAGGCACUUCAUCACCACUUUAGGGUGCACUUGGAAAUCAACACGUUUGCACCCCCAGGCUGUCAGAUGAUUGGCCGAAAAACCGUCGUACCCAUUUCGGAAGAAAAAU